CAAAAUUUUCUUACUGCUUCACCUUCUCAUAUUCAGUCAUGGAAUCGUCACUCUCUCUCUCAGUGCAUGGCCGAGAGAAACGAGAAAGAGAAGACACAGAAUCGGCUGAUCAAAAAGGCAAAGAAGCUAUAGAAAGUGCACUCUCAAUGGGUAUACACCUUCAUAUCAAGGAGAAGAAGAUUACACGUGAUCUUCUUCCAUUGGCCCGAAGUUAUCAACUUGAAGCAUUGGACAAAGCUAUCCGAGAGAAUACCAUUGUGUACUUGGAGACUGGUUCGGGCAAAACUUUGAUAGCCAUCAUGCUUCUUCGCAGCUAUGCGCAUCACCUACGAAAGCCUUCUCCUUUCAUUGCAGUGUUCUUGGUUCCCCAAGUUGUGUUGGUCGCUCAACAAGCUGAAGUUGUGAAAAUGCAUACCGAUUUGAAAGUGGGUGUGUAUUGGGGAGAAAUGGGAGUGGACUUCUGGGAUGCAGCGACAUGGAAACAAGAAAUGGAUAAACACGAGGUGCUUAUCAUGACUCCUGUAAUAUUGCUCAAUUGUUUGAGGCACAGCUUUCUCAAACUGAAUAUGAUUAAGGUUUUGAUAAUGGAUGAAUGCCAUCAUGCUAGGGGUAAUCACCCUUAUGCCCGCAUCAUGACUGAGUUUUAUCAUCACCAGUUACAAUCUGGUAGCUCUGACCUCCCUCGAAUUUUUGGUAUGACUGCAUCUCCAAUUAAGGCGAAAGUUGGAAAAUCUGAAUCAUCCUUGUCAGAGAAUAUUCGGAAACUAAUGACUCUAAUGCAUUCAAAGGUAUAUACAUGUGCAAGUGAAGCUGUCAUCACUGAGUUCAUACCAACGUCAACACCAAAAUUGAAGUUUUACAAUGACAAUGGAAAUCAAUUUGUAUUAUUUGAAGAAAUAGCGUCUAAGCUCAAGAUGUUAAAAAAUCAGCAUGAACUCACUCUAGAAAGUUCAGAUUUCACUAGAUCAGCUGCUGAGUCUGCACAAAAAAGAAUAACAAAGAUGUUUGGUGCUUUGAUAUUUAGUCUGGGCGAGCUUGGUGUUUGGUUGGCUUUGAAGGCUGCUGAUUCUUUAUCUUCUAGUGAAUUUGACUCGUUUUCAUGGGGACACUGUGGGGAUAAAGUUGCUAAAAACUUUAUUUUGGCCUGUAUAGACACACUAAAAAGUUACUUGCAAUGUGAUGCUAAGUGGUCUAUAGGUGACAAUAUUAAAUUCGACUUGGAGAUGGGGCUGUUGACCUCCAAAGUUUGCUGUCUUAUAGACUCUAUACUUGAUUACAGGGUUUUGAGAGACAUGAGAUGCAUAAUUUUUGUUGAAAGGAUCAUUACCGCCAUUGUACUUGAAGAUUUAUUCAAUACCUUGCUUCCAAAGUACAAUAGCUGGAAGACUAAAUUCAUUGCAGGACACAACUUUGGAUUGAAAAAUCAGUCAAGGAAUAAACAGAAUGAAAUUGUGGAAGAAUUUCGAAUGGGAUUGGUCAACAUUAUUGUUGCAACAUCAAUUCUUGAAGAAGGCUUAGAUGUUCAAAGUUGCAAUUUAGUUAUUAGAUUUGAUCCAUCUCCUACAGUGUGCAGUUUCAUACAGUCCCGAGGCCGUGCUAGAAUGAAAAAUUCAGACUAUAUAUUAAUGGUUGAGAGAGGGGAUUCAGCUACACGUUCUCGACUUGAGAAAUACCUUGCUAGUGUGGAUAUUAUGAGGAAGGAGUCCUUGAGACAUUCUUCCCUUCCAUGCGACUCUUUUGAAGCUGAUGAAUUUGACAAGGAAGCUUAUCAUGUUGCAAGCACUGGAGCCAUUGCAAAUCUUAGUUCUAGCAUCAGUUUGAUAUACUUUUACUGCUCACGCCUCCCUGCAGAUGGGUUAGUUAGUUCAUUGCUUCCCCCAUGGCUUUUCUUCCUUCAUUUUAAGAACUUAAGAUAUACUUUCUUUUUGCAUCAUUGCUUCCCCCAUUGCAAAUCUUGUUCUUUUUCAUUUAUACCAUUAGAUUACUCUCUCAGAUACUUUAAACCGACUCCAAGGUGGGACAAAGAAACUGGAACGUUGUGUCUUCCAAAGAGCUGUCCUCUGCAAUCUAUUCGCGUAGUUGGUGACAAAAAACUCUUAAAGAAUAUCGCAUGCCUUGAAGCUUGCAAACAACUUCAUAAGAUAGGAGCUCUGACUGAUAAUCUUGUUCCUGAUAUUGUCAUUCAGGCAGCAGAGGUUGAAGAAUUUGGAAAUGAACCUUAUGAUGCUAUCCAACCAACUUACGUCCCAUUUGGAUUGGUAAAUUGUGUAUCAACUAAUAAUGACACAACAUACCAUUGUUAUUUGAUGGAACUCAGUCAAAAUUUUAGCUAUGAUCUCUGUGUGCAAGAUAUUUUUCUUGCUAUGAGAAUUGAGCUUGAUCCAGAAAUUGUGUGCUCCCAAUUUGAUAUGGGUUUUGACAGAGGUAGUGUGUCUGUAAAGUUAAAAUACAAAGGGACCAUGAAUCUUUCGCAAGAUGAGGUUCUUUUGUGUAAAAAUUUCCAGGUCACGUUGCUUAGAAUUCUCAUACAUCAUGAUAUGAACGAGUUGCCAAUUGGUUUGGACAAAAGCUAUCUGCAAGAUAAUGUUGGUAUUGACUAUCUUUUGCUUCCAGUUGUUUGGGAAGGGGAGAUACCACUUGUUAAUUGGUUAGCUAUCAAAUCUGUAAAUGCAUCUAAUAUUACGUGCAAGUGUCAUCAACCCCACAUUAGGACAAAAAGUGGUCUAGUUUGCACUUGUAAACUACAGGAUGCAUUGGUUUGCAAUUCCCAUGCUAGUGGUAAGAAUUAUUUCUAUAUCACCUCUGGUGUAAUGGAAUUAGAUGGAAACUCGCCUUUGGAACUAAGGGCCGGUGGAUUCACAACGUACAAAAAUUAUUAUGAACAACAUCACGGUAUAUCAUUGCAAUUUGAACAUCAGCAGCUUCUUAAAGCAAGACACAAUUUUCAGGCUAAAAAUUAUUGUGAUGGACGCCAACAGAGGAAAGAAGGAGAAGCAAGCAAGGCCUUUGUUGAAUUACCUCCUGAACUGUGUUCUAUAAUCAUGUCUCCAAUAAAAGAUAGUAUCAUUUAUACCUUCUCAUUUAUUCCAUCAAUCAUGCAUCGGAUUGAAUCAUUGCUUGGAGCUUUCAACUUAAAAAAGAUGCAUUUGGAUCAUUGCGCGCAGAAUGAAACUCAAAUAAUGAAGGUGUUAGAGGCAAUAACUUCUAAAAGAUGCAAGGAGUCCUUCCAUUACGAAUCUCUAGAGACUCUGGGAGAUUCUUUUUUAAAAUAUGCUGCGAGUCAGAAACUUUAUCAAACCUAUGAAAGUGACCAUGAAGGUCUGCUAAGUGUUAGAAGGGGAAAGAUGAUUUCUAACGCUGCACUCUGCAGGUUAGGCUGCAGUUCAGGCCUUCCGGGUUUCAUACGAAAUGAACCAUUUGAUCCUCAUUCCUGGAUAAUUCCUGGUGAUAAAUCUGGGAGUUUUAAAAUAGAAGAGUUGAUGAUCAAAGGGAAACAAAUUUAUAUUUCUGGAAAAAGAAAAUUAAAACGAAAGCUUAUCGCUGAUGUAGUUGAGGCACUAAUUGGUGCCUUCCUAAUCACUGGUGGUGAGAAGGCUGCAUUGUUGUUCAUGGAUUGGGUUGGUAUUAAAGUGAAUUUUAAUAAAGUACCCUAUGAGAGGAACUUUGACAUUCAACCAGAGAAACUGAUAAAUGUCAGCCAUUUAGAAUCACAACUGAAUUACUCAUUCCAUGACAGUACUCUUUUAGUGGAAGCUCUGACCCAUGGUUCUUACAUGUUGCCUGAAGUUCCUAGAUGUUAUCAGAGACUAGAAUUUCUUGGAGAUUCAGUAUUGGAUUAUCUGAUUACUUGGCACUUGUACGAAAAAUAUCCUGGCAUGUCACCUGGGCAGUUAACUGACAUGAGAGCAGCUUCUGUGAAUAACGAUUGUUAUGCAUGGUCUGCCAUUAAGCAUGGUUUGCACAAACAUGUACUCCAUACCUCACCAGAACUGCAUAAGCAUAUUUCUAUAUCACUAAACAGUUUUGAUAAGUUGUCUUCAUCCUCAACUUUUGGGUACGAGUCAGAGACAUCAUUUCCUAAGGUGCUUGGAGACAUUAUAGAGUCUUUGGCUGGAGCGAUUCUAGUUGAUUCAGGAUACAAUAAAGAGGUUGUGUGGGAAAGCAUAAGGCCACUUUUGGAACCUCUUGUCACACCAGAUACAUUGAAGCUCCACCCCAUCAGAGAGUUGCAAGAAUUGAUACAAAAAAGAAAUUAUAAUAUUAUACAAAAGGAUGUGAAGCGAAAAGAUGGAGUGACCACUUAUAUAAUGGAGGUAGAAGCUGAUGGAAUCAUUCAUCACUAUGAAUAUCUCGGUCAUGCUCUUAAGGACACAGCCAAGAAGAUAGUCUACAAGGAAAUUUUGAAUUCCUUGAAGGAAGAAAAGUUAUAAUAGGAUUUGCUACACAACUUUUUAUUGAUUAACCGAUCAUUUAGGUUGAUGUGGAAAAUAAUAUUUUGGCACCUCUUACACUUGUUUGACACCUUUAUUUUCACUUUAAAAAAAACUGGGUCAAAUCAGUGUAAGUGGUGUUGAUAUAUUAUUGCUUUUGU